UGUAUGCGCGUGUGCGUCGUCGACAGACACCGGCCGCGCGCGUACGUAGUACCUGAUGAGAGCCCGUUCCAACCUUCAAAAGGGCCGCACACAGCAUGCUCCAAAAGCGCAUCAUAUAAGGAGAGCAACACCAACGGCGCACCAACCUCACCAUUUCCCUCUCCCUCUCCCCGCCGGCCGUGACAUGCACGCCUUGACAUAGACGACGACCUCUCUCGUGUCUUCUUCUCCACACCACCAAACCCGGCAUAUAAAGCAGGACAAACACUUCUCGCGCUAGCUAGCUAGCUAGCUGCCGAGGCGUGUAUCGCACAGAGCCAGGGAGCAAGCAAAUUUGAUCGAUCGAUCUAUGGUGUUGAGGGCUUGCGCAGUAAUGGAGGCGGGUACUUUCAGCGUGCCGUUUUACGAGUGGCUCAAGCCACGAUCGUCAUCGUCAUCGCCGCCGCCGUCGCCGUCCUCCUCCUCGUCGACGACGUCCUCGACGACGCUCUCAACGCCAUCGAUCGACCAAUUAGCCGCCGUUGAUGAGCGCCACGCCAUGACGUGCUUGCCGCUUCUUGGUAGGCUUGAAGGGAGGGCAGCGACUCCUGAUCAUGGCCAUAAUAAUCCUAUCAAAGAAGAGCUGCUGAGCAAUAAUAUCGCUACCACCGGCGGCGCCACGCGGAGAGAGGAGGCCGCCGCCGCUGGUGUUGACCUGAACAUCGGCUUGCCGGCGGCGGCGGCGACGACUGGGGGGCGCGGCUAUAGUUCUGAAGAGGUGCCCAUGGACGAGGAAGACGACGAUGAGGAGGAGGAUUUCGAGGAGGAAGAGGACGAGAAACAUGAGAAGUGCAAGGUGGAAGAAGCAGGGGGAGAGCAACAGCACGGUGAGAUGGUGGUGGAGCCCGUCGAGCAGAGAUCCGAUUACCUGCGUGUGGGUGGGGAGGAGGGCAUCAAGGGCUUCGUCGGAAGCCGUGGCCGGCGGUACUGGAUCCCGACUCCGGCGCAGAUACUCGUCGGACCGGUGCAGUUCAUCUGCCAUGUCUGCAGCAAGACAUUCAACAGAUACAACAACAUGCAGAUGCACAUGUGGGGCCACGGGCGCGAGUACCGCAAGGGCCCGGAGUCGCUCAAGGGCACGCAGGCGGCGACGCUGGCGCUGCUGAAGCUGCCGUGCUACUGCUGCGCGGCCGGGUGCCGCAACAACGUGGCGCACCCGCGCGCGCGCCCGCUCAAGGACUUCCGCACCCUGCAGACGCACUACAAGCGCAAGCACGGCGACAAGCACUUCGGCUGCCGCCGCUGCGGCAAGCCGUUCGCCGUCAAGGGCGACUGGCGCACGCACGAGAAGAACUGCGGCAAGCGCUGGUUCUGCGCCUGCGGCUCCGACUUCAAGCACAAGCGAUCCCUCAACGACCACGUCCGGUCCUUCGGCGGCGGACACUUCUCCGUCACGCCCGACCAGGCCGCGGCCGUCGUGCCGCGGCCGUCGCUGCUGAUGAAGCCCAGCAAGGAGCGGAUCAUCCGCUUCGAUCAGCAGGGAGCGGCGGCGCCAUGGAAUGGAGCACACGCCCAUGCAUGACAUCUCUCGGACAGGUUAUUAAUUAACAGGACGUACGUAGUACGCGUAUAUAUAUAGGGAAUAGAGUUGUUACAUCUCAGUUCCAACAUGAUUAUGGAUGCAUAUAUAUACUACUUGGAGGCGUACAGAGACACAGGCAAUAAGACUCGAGAUCGAUCGAGGUUGCUUUGGACUUGGAGGCUGUGAAGUAGAUGAAUUUUCUUCCGAAGUAGCGCAGGGCUGUUCGGAUUGGAGGGGAUGUAUAAUAAUUAGUUUAUUUCCCCCAAUCUUUAUGGAGACAAUGGUUUAUCCAGACAAGCCAGAGGAGGAGCUUCAGAGACUGGUACGGUUAUUAUUAGCUCUACACCUAUAUAGGUAUAUCUGCAAGGGAGAAAAUUUAUCAGCUUCACAUGCCGAUAUGGAGGCAACCAUAUGUAUCAUCGUAUAAUGCAUGCAUGCACAUGCAUGACAUGACUUUAUGAAAUUUAGUGCACAUGUUAAUUAUCUAAGAUCAUUCCAUGGUGUAAGUCAUUUGCAGAAUUAUCUUGUUUUUAAUCACUUCUCUACAUGAAUUUCA